AUGCCCAAUGAGGUGAAGCAAAGGAAAAAGCCCCAACAGAAGCCCAGUGAUGAGCAGACUGAAACGGUAGCAAAUGGCUCCAGUGAUGGCCAGAAAGAGAAAGCUGCUGCCAGACACUUCCCUGGACGAGAAAAGAGUUUUCUCCUGGAUUUCAAAAGCAUCUUGUGUUUACUGUCACUCACUGCCUGUGGUGCUCUCAGCUGGGUCGUGCUGCAGCAGAAUGAAAGGUUUUCUGAAAUUGAAGGAAAGUUCCUUCUUUUAAUCAAGAAAACUUCACCUCUCGUAGCCAUGGAAGAAGAAAUACAGACUGUUUCUAAAAAGCUCGCAGCUUCAGAUGACGACCUCCAGGUGGCGCUAUCCAGUAUUUCCAUGGCCUCAAGACUUCAGAAAGAUAUCUCCACUCUUCACACGGCUGUGAUGGCGGUACAGGCUAAUGAGAAGUCGGCCUCUGGUCAUCUCCAAGAGGUCAACGCACACUUUCUGAAUGUGACUGAAACAUGGCAGCAACGUCUUGGUGUGAUCAACUCAGAUUUAGUGGCAUUAAAGUCAGAGUCCCGGGACGCUCACUCUGAAGCCACUGAAAAGGUGAAUGAGGCUGAGCGCAGACUUAAGUACUUGGAGGAAAGACUGGAGGAGCUGGAGGUCAGCACCAAGAGGAAUGCCCGUGCUCUGGAGCGCACAGAGGGGGAUGAUGUGAAAAGAGUUCAGGACCAUCUGGAGUGGAACACCAAACAGAUCCAUACACUGAAGGACCAGCUCAACAGCCUCGCUCGCAGAGAGUCUGAACUCGGCUCUCAGCUGCUGGAGCACAUCCCCAAAGCGGAGGAGUGUCAACAGCACUUGCCCAAAGUAGAGGAGGCUGUCCGGUCCAUUGUGAGGCUGGCGAGUGACCUGAGCGGGACUGAGAAAAGACUGGAGGAACUGACUCUACAGGUGUUUGGCACCGAGGACAAUAUGCUCAAGGCCCUGAAUGAAAUCCUACAGAUCAGACAGGAGCUGGACACAUUACACACUAAAAACAGCAUCCUCAAGAUGAAGGAUGAGCUCUCUGUAGUGAAAGAGGCAUGUGAGAGUGUACAACUAAAGUUGGAGAGUCUUGGGGCUCAGAAAGGAGUGGAGUCUGGACUCAAACAACAGGAGCAGGAGAUAGUCCUGUUGAGGAACUGGGCCUCUGGACUCUCUGAGAAACAAUCGCUCCUCCAAUCCAGCCUCAUUGCACUCAGAGCAGCUGUGGCACAGAUUGAGGAACGCACCUCUACUAUUGCAAGGGAUUUCACAAGCAAGGUGACUUCUGUGAGGACAGAUGUUCGUCGGAUGGAUGGGCUCCAUUCAGAGCUGGAGUCUCUGCUCUCUCAGGUGGGGCAACUAGAAGACAAGGUGUCGCAGGCGGAAAGCAGCAUGGUCAAACGGAUCGGGGACGUCCUGACCAGCAGCAUAGACAGAGUGUCCAGUCUGCGCUCUUCUUCGGAGCGCAACAGCCAGGCCAUAGAGCAGCUCCAGCACCGUAUUCCGGAGCUGGUCUCGGCUGACACUAAGCUGGCAGAGCAGCUGAGGGACAUGGAGAGUGGGAGAGCCAAGCUAAUACGAACUGUGACAUUUGCCAGUAACCUCAAACCAAAGGUCUUCACCAUCAAAAGAGACUUUGGGGCAUUAGAGCCUCAGCUGUCAGAUCUGACUCUGCGAAUAGGACAACUGGCAGAAGACGUGAUGAAAAGAGAGCAGGAGAUUCUGGACCUGAGACAUACACUGGGGAACCUUACAAAAGUAGACAGUGAACUAGGGGAUGGAACGAGACAGGUUAGUGACACUAUAGAUGGCUCUGAGGACCUUUAG